AAAGUAUUCUUAAAUUCAGUAACCGGCUUGUUUAUUUAGUUCAUAUUGUGGCUUUGAGCUGAAUUGGUGUUACGCGAAGUAAAAAUACUUAGAGAAUUUGAUAUAUUGAUUUUCUUUUCGCAAGAAAACGUUGCAGAACAAAAUGCUUUUGCAAAAUCUAUUGGCGUUAAGUCUGUUAAUAACCGUUAUCGAUUUGAGUUCCUGCCAGUAUUGUACAAAAUCAACAAAUAAAGGAAAAGAAAAGUAUUGCUGUCCAGGCUACACACUUCAGAAUAAUACCUGCGAGCCCGUUUGUUGGCCCAACUGCCCAGCCUACAGUCGAUGUACCAAUGUCAAUGAAUGCACCUGCGAUGCUGGUUACGAUUCCAGCACAGAUGAUCCUAAAACGAUUGUCUGCCAGCCACAAUGCACUGCAGGUUGUCGGCCACACAGUACUUGCACUCAACCCGAGACUUGCACAUGCGAUUCAGGCUAUACCGAAGGAUGGAAUGGCACAUGUACGCCGACCAGUAUGACAACAAUUGCCGCAACAGUAAUAUCGUCCACCACUGAAAGCAUUGAGUGGUUCAAUGACACCGUAGAAGUUGAAGUGUUGACAGAAGCUAGUACCGGAGACGAAAACGGAGCUAUCUUACAGCCAAACGACUUGUAUAAGUGCGCAGAUGCAUGCAGUUGUUGGAAAGUUCAUCCCACCGAGGAGUGUCUUGAAAUAUGUGAAUCAAGGGAAACCCAAGGGUGCCUGGAGCCGCAAUUCUCUCGAUGCAUUGAACCAAGCAAGCGCAUUGAAAACAAAGUUUCCGGUGUAUCGAAAAUAUAUACGUGCUACAUGGAUAGUUCCGCGGAUUCGAUGAAAACUGGCGACGGUGCUCGGCGAUUGCGAACUAUGGUGGGACUGCUGUUCACUGCAGUAAUGUCAGUUGUGUUUGUUUGAACUAUGGGGACUGCUGUUCACUGCAGUAAUGCCAGUUGUGUUUGUUUGAGCGAUAAACUACGGAUAUUUUACAAGAAUCUUUCCAGAAAGAUUUCUUAAGUAAUAUCAAAAUUAACCAUAUCCACCGGAAGAAACAGCUUAUAGCUGUAUUUAUGAAUAUAUGCUUUUCAUUUGAAAUUAUUCUAUUUUGCAAUUAUGUUAAAUAAUACACAGAUAAUUAUAUAUAUAUACAUAUAUAUAAUAGACAAAACUAUACAU